AUGAGUGCUAAUGAAAACAACAUUGAUAAUGAAUUAAAAGCACAAUUGACCGAAACAAACAAAAUAGGAUCUGGACAAUUUGGUUCGGUUUACAGAGUAACCAAGGACCAUAGCAAAUAUGCUCUCAAGGAAAUCCAAUUGACAGUUACAAAAGAACAACUGAAUGAAAAUGAGAAGAAAUAUCUCAGAGAGCUGUCAAUCAUGAAAGAGCUGAAAAACAGCCAUGUGGUCGGGUAUGUCAUGUCGUGGACUACACCCACCGUUAUAUACAUAAUGAUGGAGUUGUGUGAAUGCGAUCUCAAUGUAUUGAUUGAGUCAAUGACAGCCAUAUUUAAAUGCGCCGACAAUGUAGAGCCCAACCAUUUCGAGUACUUCGUGUCGUAUCAUAUAUUUCAUGAGAUAGCACAGGGAGUCCAUUAUAUUCACACCCAAACACCCCCUGUAAUGCAUCGGGACCUUACGCCACCAAAUAUUCUGAUGGCCAGCGACGGUAGUUUGAAGCUAGGUGAUUUUGGGUUGGCUAAAGUUAGGGACAAAAGGUCGAUGACAAACACGGGAGGCAACGAGACUUAUAUAGCGCCUGAAGUUAGCGAAUCUACAAGUAACCACCACUACAAUGAAUUGUGUGAUAUGUAUAGCCUGGUUUGGCGAUACCAAAUGAAAGUGACUCGCAAAGGAUCACAGUUGAGGAUACCAAAUGAAAGUGACUCGCAAAGGAUCACAGGUUUGCGGAAUAUAAUGAACAAGCUCAUUCAUCGCAAACCUAAUAGUAGACCAGAUAGUGUGGAACUAUUGAAAAUGUUGAGCAAAAUUGACAAAAUAGAUGAUAAGAAAAUAGAAUAA